GAGGUCAGGUUCCCAGCAGGUCCCUCACGGCUCGGGCUGACGUCUCCUCUUGGCGGGCUCCGCGAGGGGCUCGGCCUCAUCCCCGGCCGUGCGUCACCCCUGGGACAGGAGCCGUGCGUGUGUGUCAAGGUUAUUCCAGCCGAGCUUGGCCAGCAGCUCCCUGCCAGAGGGAACAGCUCCAGCCUGGACACCCUGGCACAUCCCCCCUGCCAGGGGACACCGGCAGGGACGCAGUGUCCCAGCUUCGGGGGGUCUCAGAAGCAGAGGAAUUGCCAGCAGGGAAUGUGAGAUGCAUUUGUGUCCAGCUAUCCAGGCAGCAGUUACUGGAGUUGAGCUGAGAGUAUCCCUUAGUUGUUGCAGCUUGAGUGCUCCCAAAUGCAGGAAUCUGAUGGAGUUUCCACUUGGCAGCAUUUGGACACCACAGAGAAUUUUCUGGGAGCAGAGUGGCUUGUGCUUCAUCUUCUGGAUGCCCAAGGAAGGUGUGGGACAACUCCUACUCUCUGCCAGGUUUUGAUUGGCUUUCCAAAGAGGCAGUGUCCUAUAAAUUGCCUUCUCUGCUCUGCUUCUGCCUUAUCACCAGCUGAGGCCCAGCACACCUGAAGGGGAAAGAUGCCAAUCGUCAGGAACCUGGGCAGAGCUGCCAGCCAGCUGCUGCAGAGCUCUGGCUGUGGCUGUGGGGUGUCCCUCGUGCCUGUCCGGGCCAUCGGGGUGUCCCCACGCCAGGUGGCCUCCGACGCCAGCUUCCACUCGGUGACCUUCUCCGAGUCGGAUCAUCCCCGGGUGCUAAUCACAGGUGGUCUUGGCCAGCUCGGGGUGGGACUUGCAAAGCUGCUGAGGAAACGCUUUGGAAAGAACAAUGUGAUCUUGUCUGACAUUAGAAAGCCUGCAGAUAAUGUUUUUUAUAGUGGUCCUUUCAUCUUCGCGGAUAUCUUGGACUACAAGAACCUGCGGGAGAUCGUGGUGAACAACCGCAUCACGUGGCUGUUCCACUACAGCGCCCUGCUCAGCGCCGUGGGAGAGGCCAACGUGCCCUUGGCCAGGGCUGUCAAUAUCACUGGUUUACACAAUGUUCUGGAUAUUGCAGCUGAGCACAAUUUGAGGCUCUUUGUUCCAAGCACCAUUGGAGCCUUUGGACCCACCUCUCCUCGAGAUCCAACUCCUGAUCUCUGCAUUCAGAGACCAAGGACAAUCUAUGGAGUCUCCAAGGUCCACGCUGAGCUCAUGGGAGAAUACUACCACUACCGCUAUGGCCUGGACUUCCGCUGCCUCAGGUAUCCAGGGAUUAUCUCUGCUGAUUCCCAGCCUGGCGGGGGAACAACUGAUUAUGCUGUCCAGAUUUUCCAUGAUGCCAUAAAGACUGGGAAAUUCAAGUGUUACCUGAGGCCAGACACCCGGCUGCCCAUGAUGUACAUCGAUGACUGCCUGAAAGCCACGCUGGAGAUCAUGGAAGCCCCUGCAGAAUCCCUGACCAUGAGGACCUACAACAUCAGUGCCAUGAGCUUCACUCCUGAGGAGCUGGCCCAGGAGGUGCAGAAGUAUGUCCCUGAGCUCCAGAUGACCUACAACGUGGAUCAAGUCAGGCAGGCCAUAGCUGACAGCUGGCCCAUGAACUUCGACGACAGCAACGCCCGCAGGGACUGGGGUUGGAAACAUGAUUAUGACCUCCCCGAGCUGGUGACCACCAUGUUUAGCUACCUUGGGUCUGACUCUAGGAUUGCCCAAGCUAACUGAAAUGAUUUCAGAUGUUUCCAGAUUUCCACAGAGGACCAGGAAGAAAUGGCUGUAUUUUAGUUUCUAAUUUUCUGAGUCUUAGAGCAUGUCAGUUACUAAUUUUUGUAAGUAGUGACAGAGUUGGGCAGAGAUGUCCUGUAGCUGGAAUGUCCUUUAGAUACUAAACAACAGCACUGGGUGCUGUCCCCAAACACAACACUGCUGACAAACACAGAGUUCUUUAACUUAGGGAAAAACACCAAAAUAACACUUAUUCCUGGCUGA